AUGGUGUUAACGAAGGCCGAGCGCCGCGAGCGCUACAUGCAGAAGACCCGCGCCGAGGCUGGUUAUCUCUUCAAGUACCUCAUCUUGACGCAAGUCAUCGUGUAUCUCGAGGCUGGCUCCAUCCCGUGUCUUCUGGACCAACUCAGUGUGUCACUCAGUCUGGACGCGACUCAACAAGGAGCUCUGGGAGGAGUCGUGUACCUGGCAUUAAGCGCCGCCUCGCCACUCUGUGCCUUCUUCCUGCAUCGCUUCAACCCUCGCAUGGUACUGGGACUCAGUCUGCUGUGUAACAAUGUGGCUGUGCUCAUGCUGGCACUCACACCCACGGGGUUCGCCCUCAGUGCCAACAUGUUGAUCCUGGCUCGAGCUGCUGUGGGUUUCACACAGGCCUUCCCCUGUAUUUACACGCCAUUGUGGGUGGACGAAUACGCGCCCCGAGAGAAAGUGGCAGGCUGGAUGAGCUACCUCCAGGGAAGUGUCCCAAUGGGCGUCAUGCUCGGCUACUUCGCUGGAACUGUGAGCAACUGGCUCGUGCCCGAGAGUUUUUCUCUCAUUCAGACGUGGCGCUGGCCAUUUCUGCUCCAGUUUUUGGCCUUGUUGCCAAUUAAUGUAGCCAUCUUCUUUGUGCCAAAGAAACAUUUGACGAUUCGCAGUGACAACGACAAAGACGCUGUUGGAAGUGGAGGCACAGAGAGUGCGAGUGCCAGUUCAUCCGAUGGCUGCAUGGACGAAACGCAGUCUAUCGACGUGGCGGACGAGACGGCGUCAAGGGUCAGUAACCAGGAGGAACGCAAUGAGGACGAAGAAGAGCAGGAAGGAGACGACAAAGAACCGAAACACAAUGAGUUGGAGCCACUGCACAGCAGUCGGGGAGGAUUCUUGAGCGCUCGAGGGAGAGCCGGCUUCGGUCUGCACAGCUUCCUGGACGACACAGUAGCUGGGACGCCCCUGAGCACAAGAUCCACCACGUAUCACGACGAAGAAGACGCGUUGCUUGCCAGUGCCAGUAUGUACGGGGUCAGCAGUCAACGCAGUUUUCGUCAGCUGCAUCAGAACCAGCAGCAAUAUCAUUUGGGCCAUUGUGAAGACGACAAUGGAGGGGCUUCACUUCGUCGUAGUAUGAUUCGACCUCCGAGUAUGCGUGGAGCUCCACUAUUGGAUGCAGUAGCGAAUGAACUGGAGAAAGGUGACAGUGCUGUCACUGCGCCUGGACCGAUUAAGACGUCACCAAUUAAUUCCAAGGCAGGGAACGAGCGGGUAUCGCCAGUGGCCAAGAGCUUAUCCUCAACGUACGGAGCGCUAGACACGGCGAUUACCCCCUUGAGAUCUCCGCGAAUGUCUCCACGGAUGAGUAUGCUGGAAGCCUCGAUACUCGAAGAAGAGUUCAUGGAGGUGUACGAACAAGGCGCAUUCUCCGAGGGCGUCUACAAACUGCUGCAUAUCCCAGUCUUUUGUUUGAUCGUGUUUGGCCUCACGACUGUCUAUUUCGUCGUCACUGGCGUGCAGUAUUGGAGCACCAUCUUCAUGAUCAAGUCGCUGCAUGCCUCCAAGUACCUGGUCAACGCGCUCUUCGUUGUUGUCUCCGGUACUGGCCCCAUCCUGGGCGUGUUCUUUGGUGGCUGGCUCAUCGAUCGGUAUGGAGGAUACAUCGGCGUGGAACAGCGUGCAAAAGCGUUAGGCAUCUGCAUGAUCCUGGGACUUACAGCGUUCGCUAUCUCGGCAGUGACGACGUUCUUCAACGACAUUUACAUCACUGCUGGUUUCCUGUGGCUCUUGCUCUUCUUCGGUGGCGCUAUCCUGCCAGCUUGCACCGGCAUCUUCAUCUCGGUCGUGCCUGCUGAGCAUCGGGCGCUCGCCUCGUCGUUCUCUGUGAUGGUCUUCAACCUGUUCGGCUACGCGCUGUCCCCCUACCUUACAGGACUCAUCAUGGAGUGGGUCAUCUCGCAGCAAGGACAGCCAAACACUUACUUCCAGUACUGUGACGAGGCCUGCGCCUACCGCAUUGGCUUCCGCUUCUGUCUGUGCUGGUCCGUGUGGUCUGUUCUCUGUCUCGGCUCUGCGUGGCACAUCGCGUCUCGCCAGGCGGGAGAAGCUCGUCAGAUUCAGCAGUUUUACGCAGCGCAACGUCCGCAGGUAGCAGAAUGCUGA